AUGUUAGCUGUGGGGCAGAUGGAUACUAAUCGCCAGAGUGCAUUUGUUCUGAGCAGUACACCGCUGGCUGCUCUGCAUAACAUGGCUGAAAUGAAGACGUCUCUAUUCCCCUACACCCUGCAGAAUCCCUCCAGCUUCAAAGCACCAGCCCUGGGCGGACUGAACACACAGAUCCCCUUAGGGACGCCGCACGGAAUAAGCGACAUCCUGGGGAGACCUGUUGGAACCACCAGCAAUCUCCUCACCGGGCUGCCCCGGAUUAAUGGACUGGCUGCCUCAGCAGGGAUGUAUUUUAACCCCGCAGCUGUGUCCAGGUACCCAAAGCCCUUGGCAGAGCUGCCUGGGCGACCUCCCAUUUUCUGGCCGGGAGUUAUGCAGGGAUCUCCCUGGAGAGAUCCGAGAAUCGCCUGUCCUGCCCAGGCUGGAAUGGUUCUGGACAAAGAUGGAAAGAAGAAACACUCAAGACCAACUUUCUCAGGGCAGCAGAUUUUUGCUUUGGAGAAAACAUUUGAACAAACUAAAUACUUGGCAGGACCUGAGAGAGCUCGUCUGGCCUAUUCGUUAGGAAUGACAGAAAGUCAAGUUAAGGUGUGGUUCCAGAACAGAAGGACGAAAUGGAGAAAGAGGCACGCAGCAGAAAUGGCCUCAGCUAAGAAAAAACACGAUUCAGAGACGGAGAAGCUGAAGGAGAGCUCAGAUAAUGAGGACGAUGAUGAAUAUAACAAACCUCUGGACCCCAACUCAGACGAUGAAAAAAUCACGAGGUUAUUGAAAAAGCACAAAUCCACAAAUUUAGCCCUCAUCAGCCCCUGCAGUAACAACUCGGAUACUUUGUGA